UAUCUCAUUAUAUCACAAUCAAUUCUGAUCAAAGUAAUUCAGCGGAGCCAUUAACCGCGGCCGCCAAUGGGAGGCUCGGCCCAGGCGGAGGCGGGGCCCGGCGGCACCAAACUGUGUGGUUGGCAAACAUGCGGCGGAGGGCGGCUCUCUGCCCCGCCCACCGUGACGUGGCCAAUCAGCGGCGGGCGUCCCGGGAUGCUGCAAGUGACCGCCUCUGCCUGCUGGUGACGGUCGCUGCGGCAGUAUCGGUGUCGCGGGGUUAUUUUGAGCAGCACACCUCGCCCUCCCUUACCGCCGGCCGCUGCCCCGCCUCGACUCGCUUCUGACAGUACAACGGGGAGGUUCAGUUCGCGAGACAACCUUGAGUUCGAGGAAGUGAGGAGGAUGCAGCCCUUCCGCGGGUCCCCUGGCGUGGUGGCAGGGCUGGGGGAAGGCAUGGCUCUCCUCGGGGGACAUCACGCGCCCGUCAGCCCCCCGUGCAGCCCCCAAGCGCCCAGCGUUACGCCCCCCUCGCCAUCAUCACACACGCCGCCGUCACCCACGCCCGCUUCCUUCAUCCACGACAACAACGGCAACCUGAAGAAGCCGCGAGCAGAGAGUCCUGCGCCCCGCGUGACCCAAGGACAGCCUGCAGACACUCUCCCGACGGGGCUACAUCAGCAGCCCCCCUCAGACCCGCCCAAGGAGGGGUCGCCGUGCCCCCCAACACAGUCUGCGGCAGACCUGCGGCGCUACAGGACGGCCUUCACCAGGGAGCAAAUCGGCAGACUUGAGAAAGAGUUCCUGAAGGAGAAUUACAUCAGCCGGCCGCGGCGAUGCGAGCUGGCGCGGGAGCUGAGUCUGCCCGAGUCGACCAUCAAGGUGUGGUUCCAGAACCGGCGGAUGAAGGACAAACGGCAGCGCCUCGCCCUGGCCUGGCCCUACGCCGAUCCCGCCCUGGCCGCCUACCUGCUGCACGCCGCCGCCGCCACGGGGGCCUACCCGCCCUACCUGCCGCCAGCACUAGGUCACGCCGUACCCUGGGCCGCCGCUGCCGCCGCCGCACAACUAGGGACACCUAUGUUCAGCACCCCCGCCCAUCCGCCCUCUGCCGCCCGCUUCACGCCAUACCCCCGCCUACAGCCCCCCAUCCUCUCGCCGCCGUACACAAGGCCGUCAGAGCUGCCCGUCCUGACCCCGCCCGCCGCUCUCAGCCACUUGUCCUCCUGCCCCGCCCGCGACUCUGUCAAGGUCGGAGGUGACGGCUGCUUCUGUGGCUUCCUGUACCCUGAGCUGAGCCAUGCCAUGUCGCCCGCGCUGGUUGGCUCCCCCGCCCCCCCAUGCUCCCUCAGCAGUGCCGCCCCCGUCCAACUCCACGGUGGUCGCCGCAGCCCCAUCGGGCGGCCCUCCGCCACCGCUGCCAAGGACGCCCUAGGUUCCCCGCCCCACAAGGCCCCGCGUGGCCUUUUCCAGCCCUACCGGGAUGACCUGGUCUCGUGAGGUCACAUUGGGAGACCCUCUGUGACCCAUCUCUAGGCUGGCCAGCGCCGUGACCUCAGCAGCGGUGCGGCGACCCUUGCCACUGCCUCACGUCCUCUGGGGCCAGCCCGCCAGGGCUGCGCGAGGCACGUCUGGACCACUCCUCCCUAGUCUGCAGGCGUCGUGUUACCCAAGAUGUUAUCCAUGUACAGAAUCUGUUAAUAAAUCUAUUUUCAGUUA